AGCGCGGAGGAAAGGUGCUGAAGCCCGUCCCUCCUCCCGGGGAGGAAGGUGGGCUAGAGGAACAACCCUGCUGAAGCUCCAGUGCUCUGAAAUGUGAUCCUGCCGGAGGCACCUCCCUGGGCCCCACCUCGCCCUCUCCGACCUAUAUAUGUGACCGGCCCCGGGCGGGCGCGGGGGACGCGGCUCGCACGGUCCCCCGGGAAUCCCUGCGGGUGGAGAGGCCGAGGCACCAAGGCAUGGCCAAGAACACCUACAUGCGCUGGCGGCUCCCGCUCGUGUGCCUCCUCUGGGAGGUGGCCAUGAUCGUCCUCUUCGGAGUCUUCGUGCGCUUCGGCGCCGAGGCCGAUGCGCACUGGGAGGAGGAGAAACGGGAGAUGAACCUGACCAGUGACAUAGAGAACGAUUUCUACUUCCGAUACCCCUCUUUCCAGGACGUCCAUGUGAUGAUCUUUGUGGGCUUUGGCUUCCUCAUGACCUUCCUCAAGCGCUAUGGAUUUGGAGCUGUGGGUUUCAAUUUCCUCCUUGCCGCCUUUGGGAUCCAGUGGGCUCUCCUGAUGCAAGGCUGGUUCCACUCUUUCAAGGAUGGGAAGAUCCUCAUUGGAGUGGAGAACCUGAUCAAUGCUGAUUUCUGCGUGGGCUCUGUGUGCAUCGCCUUUGGGGCCAUCCUGGGCAAAACCAGCCCCAUACAGCUCCUUGUCAUGACUUUGUUUCAAGUCACGCUCUUUUCAGUGAACGAGUAUAUCCUCCUCAACCUUCUUCAUGUAAAGGAUGCAGGUGGCUCCAUGACCAUUCACACCUUCGGAGCCUACUUUGGCCUCACGGUGACACGGGUCCUGUACAGACCCAACCUGGAGCAGAGUAAGGACAAGCAGGGCUCCGUGUACCACUCCGACCUCUUUGCCAUGAUCGGUACGCUGUACCUGUGGAUGUACUGGCCCAGUUUUAACUCGGCCAUUUCUGAUCACGGGGAUGCCCAGCACCGGUCUGCCAUUAACACGUACUGCUCGCUGGCCGCCUGCGUCCUCACCACCAUGGCCUUCUCCAGCAUGCUGCAAAAGAAGGGCAAGCUUGAUAUGGUCCACAUCCAGAAUGCCACGCUGGCCGGCGGCGUGGCCGUGGGCACCAGCGCCGAGAUGAUGCUGACUCCGUACGGCUCCCUCAUUGUCGGGUCCGUCUCUGGCAUCGUGUCCACGGUGGGGUAUGUCUACUUCACGCCUUUUUUGGAGUCUAGGUUGCACAUUCAGGACACAUGUGGCAUCCACAACCUCCAUGCCAUGCCAGGCCUUAUUGGGGGCAUUGUGGGGGCCAUCACAGCAGCGGCAGCCACCGAGGAUGUGUAUGGAAAGGAAGGGUUCAUCAAGGCGUUUGACUUCACCGGCGUCUACCGGACGCGGACACCCAGUAUCCAGGGAGGGUUCCAGGCGGCCGGCAUUGUGGUGUCCCUGCUGAUGGCCUUUGUUGGGGGAGCCAUCGUGGGGGGCAUCCUGAAGCUGCCCAUCUGGGGGGACGCCGCGGCCGAGAACUGCUUCGAGGACGACGUUUACUGGGAGGUGCCGGAGGACGAGGAGAGCGACGCGUACCACAUGCACAACCCCGACAAGCCCGCCUCGCCCUGAGGCGCCCCGCCGCCGGCCCGCCUUCCCCGCCGCGGGACCUCGCCCCGCUCCCGGCGCCGGAGCAUCGUCUUCUCCCCGUGACGACGAGGGCUCUGCCCUACUCUGCCGCUUUUGUAACGAGCUGCUGUGGAUAUAAUAAAGCCGUGCUCUUCUUUCCA